GUUAACUGUCAAAAUCGGUGGCUUCAGUCAGUCGACGGGACAGACGUGGACCAAAAACCGAUGCUCUGAGAGCGCAUAAGCGCACAAAGGUAGUCAAGAGAAAUGUCUUUUAUAUUUGGCUGGAUCUACAGGGGCUUCAGCAGCGUCUUGCAGCUAUUGGGUUUGUACAAAAAGACUGGCAAGCUCGUCUUCCUUGGACUUGACAAUGCUGGAAAAACAACUCUCCUGCACAUGCUCAGAGAUGACAGGCUAGGACAACAUGUGCCGACGCUACACCCAACAUCCGAGGAGCUGACUAUAGCUGGGAUGACUUUUACAACGUUUGACCUUGGGGGUCACACACAAGCGCGGAGGAUCUGGAAGAACUACCUCCCAGCUAUAAACGGUAUAGUUUACAUGGUGGACUGUGCUGAUCAUGAGCGACUGGCAGAGGCUAAAGUUGAAUUGGACGCCUUGUUAACGGAUGAAACCAUUUCUAAUGUCCCGGUUCUUAUCCUGGGGAAUAAGAUCGACCGUCCAGAGGCCAUCAGUGAGGAUGCACUCAGAGGAAUGUUUGGUCUUCAUGGACAUACAACUGGAAAGGGUAACGUAUCUUUGAAAGAGCUGAAUUUGAGGCCGAUGGAGGUAUUCAUGUGCAGCGUGCUGAAGAGACAAGGAUACGGGGACGGGUUCCGCUGGCUCUCUCAGUAUAUUGACUGAUUCACGUUCUUUUAAUGACCUUAACAGAUUUACAGUUUGGCCUCUGCACAUAAGGGUAUGUUCAACACAACACUACCUGCACCGUACCAGGAGGAGGUGUAUUUUGGGCGUGUGUUAAUAAAUCCAGUUUUGUUUAUGCUUUAAUAUAAAUUUGCAUAAAAUAUCAAUCAUACCACAGCGAGACAGCGAUCCAUUUUAAAUCAUCCCUUUGUUUGAUUCCAAUUGAGUUUAACGAAUACUCAUUAUGCUGUGGUUUCCACCUUCACUUGAAUCCUCUUGGGAGCUUUUUCUGCCAUAUAGAACAUGCCAUCACACUGAACCAGUUACCCACUGCUUUAUUUUUAGCUGCUGGUGUUGACUUACAGUGAAGGUCAAUUUGGUGAGCAUUCUGUGCUUGGAGUUCCCUUCCCUGACUGAGGCUUAAAAACUGUUGCUGGCACAAGUAAAUCAUUAUGUACAAGAUGAACCAUUAUAAACACAAUUUAUCAUAUUUGUUUAUCACAUUAUGUCAGACUAAUGAAGAACAGUUUCUUCCUAAUGAGAGAUGUGAUCUGUUAACGCCAAGGAUAGUGACAUUCUUUCUGAUUUUACGUUUGACUGACAAUUGUAUGAAUGUGACCACAAAUGCAUUAAGUGCUUUAGUACCAGUUUUAAUAUAUGUUAAUUGCCUCAGUGCAGCCAAGUGAUGUAAAAAAAACACACAUACCCACAGUGAGGAUGCAAAACUACUACUUGAGUACUUUGUGAUUAGUCGCUGCUCUUAACAUGCAGUGAUAAUAUGAGAGUACAUCAAUGAUGCUUACAUUUAGGGAUUGCAAAAGACCUGUUUUGUAUAUAAACUCUUAUUUAUACUUUAAUAAAAGUAGAUGCCUUGUGUUAUAACAAACAAAGAUCUGAACUAAUGUAAAUCUUACCAAAGAUUGAUCAUAUUGCUAUUAAACAUGUGCAUAGCUUUUCAGUAGUUCUUCUCUAACUCUUGUUUUAAUUAUUAAAUCAAAUAGAACAUUU